UUUUAUUGCAACGCGAUCGUAGGCCGUCAACAGCCGUCUGCUGAAGUAUAAAUUUAUAAAUAGAAAUAAACUAAAAUGAAUCGGGCUCGCAGGAACGUUGUCAACAAACCGUUUGUUUCGGGAGGCGUUUAUCGCACAAAUUGAAAAUGUGUGUCUCAAACCAAUUGUGAAUUUAUUUGCAAUAGCCAAUAAAAGUUUCUUUAAUCGCAAGUGUCAAGCGUUCUGUCCAGCCACCUACUUCUCCAACUAUUUUUACCCACACAUACACACACAAACACAAACAUGCACACACAAACACAAACAUGCACACACAUACACACUCCGAGCCUUGGACUAAUUAUUUGAACCGCUGUACUUGCCAUUUUACUUACUUUAGGGGCUGCUGGAAAUUAAUUCAUCCAAAAUUGUAACUAAAAUUAUUAGUUUUGCGUUAGAUAGCAAUGCUCAUUUACCUUCACUUGAGUACCCAAACGAGACACCAAAGCGCCAAUUCGAGAUGAUCAAAGGUUUGGGCGGGCAUUUACCGCAAUUUCAGCCUGGCGAGCAGCCUGGUGAACACCACCUCCUGCACAGCAUUGCGGGUGGUGGUGGUCAUUUAGGUGGGGUGCCAAGGUGCCAAGCAUUUGGUUAAUGUGAUAUGAUUAACGUAAACCAUCGAUUGGUUGGUUCAUGGUUUCGUUGGUGCAGUGCGUCUGCAUGAUUCGUUUGGGCACUUUGGGUUGUAGGAGUGGUCAUGGCUAUUCCUGAACUAUGGUUUUUAGUAGAUCCGCCGGCACACGUGCUGCGAUAUAAAGCCUACCGCCCACGCCGUUAGUAGAUCCUUUGAAUGGCAUAAUCCUAAUGCCACAUCCACGAUUCCGCAAGCACCGCCGGUGGUUGCAACACCACCGACACCGCAGCCGGCAAAGCCUCAGCCGGCCAAGCUUCAGACGGCCAAGCCUCAGCCGGUGGAAAAUCAUGAAGCGUUGCCCUUGCCGAUUGUCAUCAAGGAUGAACCCAUAACGCCCGCUGGCGAUGACAUUGAGGAAUCCGACACUGGCGUCAAUAAUGACAGCAUGGACUUUGCCAGCGUCUUGGAUUCGGAAAAUGGUGGAAAAAUACCAUUUAAGAAGAUCUUUCAGAAGCGCAAGAAGUCAUCGGAACGCACACGUGACAAGAAAUUACGCCAGAAUCGGCAGCUACGCAAAUCGAUGUUGCCCAAGAACGCUCUAAUGGCCCUCAACGAGGUGAAGGGCAUUAACAUCAGUGAUUUUACAAUUAAUAGCAAUCCGGAUGGCGGCUUCACUGCUAUUGUGACCGUGAAUACCAGACAGUACGAGGGUAAGGGACAGUCGAAAAUGGCCGCGAAGAAUUUGGCUUGUGAAAAGGCUUUGCGCGAUUACAUCAUAGCCAAAAUGACGCCAAAGCCCAAGAAAGUGCCAAAGCCGGCUAACGAUGACGAGCCUGAGGCGAUGGAGACCAACGAGACCGAGAAUACUGAAAAUCCGCCAGAGGAUGAUGUACCCAUGCUGAACUUGGCCUCGUUUGCCAUUUACAAGCUGUUUGCCGAAUGGGAGCGGGAGGGUUAUGUUGUGCCCGAAAUGCAUCCAUCAACUGCAAAUGCAUCUGCACAGCAAAGCGAUCCGAAUUCGCCAGCUUCGUCUGUUGUUGUCACACCCAAGGAGCCAAAGAAGCCGCCCGUUCGCACCGAGCUCCCGGUCAACUGGGCUACAAUGCAUCCAGCCACAUUGUUGUGCGUUAUGCGUCCAGGACUUUCUUAUAUAGACCAUGGGUGCACCGGAGAGAAGCCGAAUGUUUUGCAGCGUUUGGGUGUCAUUGUGGACAAUCAGGAGUUCACCGCCACUGGACGUUCUAAAAAGAUAGCACGUCGUAAUGUGGCUGUCAAUGUUUGCAACAGUUUGUUUAACACAAAUUUCAUAUAUGAGGAGUAUUAGACGAGCAAAAAUCUCAGCUGAAUCUGAAAAAUGCAACAAUUUAUCUUGACUUUUUAAUUGUUUAAAUGUGCUUCUACAACUUGACACUAUCAUAAACCUACCACACUCCAAGACUACAGUAAAUUCAUGACCAUAAAUAUGUACGUAGUUUUAUCAUUAUUGUACACUUGUAGAGGUUAUUAAAAUUUUGUCAAGCGAUAUGUGUAUGGCUUAGGAUAUAUCUGCAAAGUAUAUAUAUUUUUGACCGAGUCGAUAUAGCCAUGUCUGUCCAUUCUGUUUCGAGGCAAACUAGUCUCUGCAUAAUUCCGUCUUUCUGUUGUACGGAGCAUAUAUGUCUGACAUUAGAUCAGGUUAAAAAUAAAAAAUAAAAAUUUGUUGUUUUUCAA